AACCAGGAUGCCUCCGCGACGAAGCUCACACGGCAAGGGAAAGGAGAAGGUUAGCGAUGAUGAGGCCCAGGCUGACCCCCCCUACGUCGCAUGGAUGAAAGAGCAGCAAAAGCAGGGGAAGCCGUCCCCAUCUAUCAAGUGUAUGGCUAAGGCCGUACGCGAAACUGCGGGUGCCAGCAGUAGCCGAAGUUCUCGGCAUGACUAUCCCGACACAGGCGCCGAUACUGACGUCUCUGAUGACGAUCUCGAGGAGAUCGUCUCGGAGUCGGAUAGCGAUGCCGACUCAGCCGAUUACAAACGCGGCUGUGAAGAGGACGAGGAAGAUACUGAUGGAGGCGACGACGGAAGCGGUGAUGAGCGCAGCACACGCCCGUCGAAGAAGGAGCAGCGGGCUCCUGCGUCCCGCAACAAGCGCGUGUGGUCGGACGCCGAGUUGACGUCCCUGGCGGGCGCUCAUUGGAACACUAAAGAUGACCUGAAGGCUAUGCAGGGCAAGCAGGGGAGCCAGUACUGGAGGAAGCUCCGCGCCCACAUGCUUGAGAAGGACAAAAAUUGGGACCGCGAUGAGGGACAGAUGUCCAACGCCUGGAAACGCCUCGAGAAGAAGUACCUGAAAACGAAGCGGGGGGAGGGAGAGAGCGGAGGGAAAGCAAUAAAGAAAAAACCGUGGUGGGAAUACGUCUACCACCUAAAAAAGCACUCGGCGAAGGCCAAGGCGCACGCCCUCGACGGUGGAGGCGCAGCGAACGUCAACGUCCAAGCGUACGCCCGGUGCCCGGCUGCACCGACCGGGAAACUUCCGCGCCUCCAUCGGAGGGCCAUGGGCGCUCUAACCGCCGUCAGGCGACCACACCAGGAUGAUGAUGCAGGCCGUCCCAGCGCAUACACGCCAGAGCUUGCUCUCGUUCCUGCGCGCGAAGAGCCGCCAGCGUCCCUUCAACGCGCCGAUGGUGCGCUCGACGACCAUGCGGGUAGCAGACUGCACGUAGUUCAUCAGGAGACGGUGUGGGGCGUGAAGGGGGGUGAGCAUGUGAGGCUUCAGCGGGUAUGCCGCAUCUCCUUCAAGCUGAUAGGGGGCGAUUUCCCCACUCUCUAG